CGAGUGACGCAAUUACGGGCUGGUUCAACGCAUGCGCUCUUCUUAUCAGUCUGUGAUAACGAAUGUCUGUGUGCAACAGGCUGUUGACAGCAGAGUAUUUUAAACUUCCUCUAAAAUGUCAGAGGACUUCUUCGUUUCCACCUCUGGUUAUGUAUUUGUAACUGCAAAUAAUUGAAGGUGAUGUUAAAGCAUGAAUGAACUAAAUAGAAAAAUGGUUGACCAUGGUCAACCACACAGCAGCAGCCCGGUCAAACAAAAAUGGGUCUGCCCAAAUGAUAGGAUGCUUGCACUCCGAGCCAGAGUCUCGGUUGGUUGGUCAGUUAAAACACAUGAAUUGAAUUCCUAUAAAUCGGAAUCUCCAUCUUUGGAUGAAGAAGAGCAAGAAACAAUCAGAGCUGUUAUAAAAAGAGCCGAGGACUUGGAAAACAUGGAGCAGCAAAGAGUGGGGAGAUUGGUGGAGAGAUUAGAUAAUAUGAAGAGAAAUGCUGUAGGAACUGGUUUGAAUCAAUGCAUAUUGUGCGGAGACAAUUUCGGAAUGUUGACAUCCCAUGGCAUGAUAUGCUUUGAUUGCAAAAAGAACGUUUGUCAAAAAUGUGGAGUGGAAACAUACUCGACUAUAAAGAAAGAAUCUGUUUGGAGGUGCAAGAUCUGUGCUGAAACUAGAGAAAUGUGGAAAAAGUCUGGAGCUUGGUUCUUCAAGGGUCUCCCUAAAUAUGUACUUCCGCCAAAGAAGAACACUAAUAUAGCUGGAAAGUAUUCCCUGAAUCGGCGACCUGGCUUGGAGAAGAACAACUGGUCAAGGGCAUCCAACCUAAGAUCUGAAGAGGUAGAAGAGGAGAGUAGUUCUGAAGAAGACAGAAAAACAACCACAGCAACCACUCCUACCAGAAGCGUUGAUGUUGAAAGUAAAGAAAGAUCGAGUCAUCUUUAUUCAGAUUCAACAGAAUAUGAAAGUGCUGCUAUGAAACUAAUACACCGCUGCUCUAUUGGUAUGAAGUCUCCUGCUUCAAUUGAUAGCGAUGAAGAAAAACAUGGUUUAAUUUCAUUCAAGUUUGAUCCAAGUGAUGGGCCAGAAAUGAUGGGCUCUGCCCACAGCCUACGUAGACAAAGCUCUGAUUGCCAAGGGAAGAAUCUUAACUAUUAUGGAGACCAUUUUGAUUCGAUAUCGUCGCAAUAUCCCAACUUUAUUUGCAACUGGCAACAAUCUCAAUGUUCAUUAUUAACAUCAAAUGAAAGGUAUUCAAACUCAGAUCUUUGCUCCCUGUCUGCUGAAAGCAUGAGCUCUGUGAGCGGUCCCCGCACCAGCAGACCAACUGAAGAAAUCUUCGAAAUUGCUUCUGAUUCAAUAAGAAAUUUGCAAGGUAACCUGGGCUCUGUAGAACUCUCAUUGGUCUACGAUUCUCUGGCCAGUUCCAUCCAUGUUUAUCUUCAUAGAGCAAAGAAUCUCAAGGCAAUGGAUAUAAAUGGAUUAGCAGAUCCUUUCUGCAAACUGAAUAUUCUUCCUGUCGGUGUCAAGUCACAUCGACUCAGAACUAGAACAGUUCACAAGACAAAGAACCCGGAAUUUAAUGAGACAUUAACAUUUUAUGGAGUAACCGAAUCGGAUUUGAAGCGCUGUGCUCUACAUAUCAUCGUUGAGAGCGAAGAGGCCGUUUGGGGUGAAGAGAGUUGGUCUCACGGUCGUAUACUGAUCACGUUGUGCUAUUCCACACGGCGAAAAUCACUCAUUGUUGGUGUCAUUAAAUGUGCCAAUCUGGCACCAAUGGACAACAAUGGGUUUUCUGAUCCGUUCGUCAAGUUGUGUUUAAAACCAGAUGCGUUAAACCAGAAAUUUAAGACAUCUGUGAAAUGGAAGAACUUGAAUCCCACAUUCAAUGAAGAGUUUGCUUUUGAAACAAAAAUGACUGAUCUGGCUAUGCAGACGUUAGUUCUAACAGUGUGGGAUAAAGAUUAUGGUAAAAGUAAUGACUAUCUUGGAUGCCUUGAACUGAGUUGCAAAUCGAAAGGCGAAAGAUUGCGCCACUGGAUCGACAUGAUCAAGUUUCCUGACCAUAAACAUGAGGGUCUUCACAGUCUAUGUGAACUCCAACCCCCUCCCAACUCAUCAUAAAAACAUAGGUUUUGUUAUUUAAUCGCACAAUUGAUGUGUGCAGUUUUCAUCAGCGCAAAUAAUAAUAAUGAGUAUUGUUUUCUUUCUAAAACUAAUCUGUUAUAGCCUACGUUACAGAUAAGUUGACUGUUAACUAAUAACUUAACUAACUAGAAACGUUAACUAUUAUCUGGUUCACCUUCAUUGUGCUCUAAAGCAUGAACUUAACUUUUAAAGCAAUUCGAUAUUUUUUUAAUCCAUCACAUUGUAUUUAUCAUUAUGUUAAUGCAAUGUUCAUAAUAUUCCUUUAUUACUAUAGGUACUAUUUAUCUUGAUUAGAAUUUUGCAGUAAAUUACUAUACUAUUACAGUAUUAUCCAAAUACAAUUUAGAGUUAAAUAAUAUUGAUGUUGAAUAUAUUUAUUAUAACUGUUAUAUCAUAUCUACUUAAGGUAAAAAUUGUUCAAAUUUAUCAACUGGUCAUGAACUGAAAUUUAUAUUAUUAAAUUUGAUACGAACAUCAUUGAUAAAAAGUCAUGGUUUAACAGCAAGUGAGAAAAUAUGAGUUCCUAAGAAAAUUGUUAAUGUUGAAAAAAUUAUACUAAUAAUUUAUUGAGCUUCCAAUAACAAGACCCUAUAUAAAUCCAUAUACCUCUGUGAUCCUUCAUGCCUUCGUUUAUGUACUCUGUACCUUUGUGAAGGCUAUUGGUGUGAUGACUAUUAAUAAUUAAUAAUACAGUGAUCUCGUACAAAUUUAUUAUAUUAAUUGAUAUUAUAUUGUCGAAUAUCAUAAAUUUUAUUGGAGUAUUGAAUGUGUUUUUGUAAGAGUAAUGUCAAUAUUAUAUGCAUGCUUGAUAAAAUUCAUUCUAUUGAUCAUUACCUAUAUAUUUUGUUAAUUUGUGAAUUAAGAUUAUCAUGAAUCUUGUUAUAUAUAUAUUAAAGAUAAUAAACAUUUAUAUC